AUUGCAGCCAUACUGAGAAUGACAGUGAGACAAAACGGUAUCCUCAAAGAGAAAGGAACCCUCCCAGAUACCUAGAAGAGGACACCCUCCUCCCUAAGAAUGCCGAUUGUGCCCACAUUAGUGUAGAUUACUGCUACAAAGUUUGUGGAUUACCACAAAAUUACACAGAAGCCAUGGGAUCACCUCAAGCUAGGGAGUGGGAGCAAGCAAUGCAGGAAGAGAUCAGCUCUCUGAAGGAAAAUGAUACUUACGAAUUAUCAACUUUACCAGAAGGUAAAGCUUCAGUAGGGGGAAAAUGGGUGUACACAACCAAACAAGAUCAGAAUGGCAUAGAGACCUUUAAGGCCAGAUAUGUAGCGAAGGGUUACAGCCAGGUAAAGGGUAUAGAUUAUCAAGAAACUUUCGCCCCGACAGCCAGUAUUACUUCAAUUAGGGUCUUAAUGCAGUUAGCAGUAAAACAUGAUCGUAUUGUCCACCAGAUGGACGUUAAAACUGCAUAUCUGCAUGCCCCCAUUACUCAAGAGUUAUACAUAGACCAGCCACAAGGGUUUGAAGAGGUUUCAGAGAGUGGUGAGAGGUUAGUAUAUAGGCUAAAGAAAUCGCUAUAUGGUCUAAAACAAUCAGGUAGAAAGUGGAACAUAUUGUUACACGAGCAUUUAGCAAAUGACGGUUUUGUCAGAAACCAUGCUGAUCACUGUGUAUAUAAGAAACAAGUUGAUGAUAAAAUUGUUAUCGUCAUUGUUUGGGUUGAUGACCUAAUCAUAGCUUCAGAUAGUAUGCGGUUAAUGGAAGAAUUUAAAGAAAGUAUGAAGACACAAUUUAAGAUGAAAGAUCUAGGUAGAAUCACUUUCUUCCUUGGAAUGGAUUUUAAGCAAAGCAAGGGUGAAAUAAAAAUUAAUCAGAAAAGAUUCAUUCUUAAAAUACUAGAGAGAUUUGGAAUGAUAGACUGCAAGCCCAGGUUAACCCCAUGUGAGCAACGAUUAGAAUUUAACUGUGGUGAAUUGACCAACGCCAGACAGUAUAGAGAAAUGAUAGGAAGCCUAAUUUAUGCCAUGACCUGUACAAGGCCUGAUUUAAGUUGGAUUGUAAGCAGAACGGGAGAUUUAAUUGCUGCCAAACAUGUCCUAAGGUAUCUAAAGGGUACCGUGGAUUAUGAACUCUGCUUUAAGAAAUCUGAUGCUGACUUGCAGCUCACUGCUUAUAGUGAUUCAGAUUGGGCCUCUUGCCUGGAAGACAGGCGAAGUACUACAGGUUACUGA